AUGGAGCACGAUUCGGAUUCGCCCGACGGGGGCCUGUCCAAGGGUUAUCUUGUAUCGAAGACAUACAAUCUUCCGGUCAGGUAG